UAUAGAAAUAUGUAGGUGACCAGUAUUUUGUCGCUCGAUCUCUCGUAGAUUUAUGAAAGAAAGGAUGACCAUAGGCGAGGGAAAUCUGAAAAUGUGAAUGACACUUGUGAAUAAUGUAAACCUCAGAAGAACAAGUAACACCAAGUGCAAUUAUAAUAACAAAGCAGUUGACGAGAGGUUCAUCCUACAUGCAGUAAAUAUGAACAUCUCUAACGCAUCUACAACCGUACCAAAUCAACCUCUACCUGGAAUAACUACCUUCACACGUAUAACAUACGCUAUCCUGGCCACAGUAGCUAUCAUAGGAAACAUCUUGGUCAUUCUUGUUUUCGUCUGGGACAAGAAGCUGUUAAAGAAAUCCUACAACAUGUUAAUCCUGUCCCUGGCCAUAUCUGAUGUUCUAACCGCCUUCCUGCUGAUUACAAACCCAGCUUUUGUUCUUGGUGACGCGUUUCCUUAUCCGACCAAUCACGUGCUAGGAGACAUCUUCUGCCGAGUCAUAUGGAGUCGUAUGUUUCUCUUUCAGUUGGUGGUUUUCUCAGCGUACAUCUGUAUGGCUUUGGCGACGGAGCGGUGGUAUGCAGUGAUCAAGCCUCACAAGUACAGCGAGACCUUCAACCAGAAGCGAACCCUUGUUUACAUCUUCCUUGUGUGGCUUUGGUCGGUGAUCCUCUGUGGCACCUCUCUGUUCGAAGUUGCGUACGUUUCUUCGAAUCCGCUUAAUCUACGAUGCAAAUGGCAGCUGUACUGGAGUAAGCAGCCAGUCCGUGGUAUUGUGGGAAUCAUUCAAGUCCUGUUCAAAAUGGUGCUUCCAAGCCUCACCAUGCUGUUCUUGUUCAUUCACAUGGUUUACAAGGCAAGCAAGUCCACAAUCGCCUCGGUUGAGAGUCGCUCUAAACUUCGCGGCAAAAUGACGCGGAUGGUUGGUGCCGCCUGCAUCAUGCUGAUCGUUUGCUUCGCGCCAAAUCAGAUCAACUACGCGAUGGCAAUGGCGGGAAAAACACGGCUGGAUACCAAUUUGCACCAUGUCCUCUCCCUAUUGGUUUUUGUGAACAGUUGUUUGAAUCCAUUAAUUUAUGGGCUAAGCAACAAGAACUACCGUCGUGGCUACCUGAAAAUCCUGUUUUUGGCUUGCCCCAAGGGAAGAUGGAGGCAAAACAGGGUAAACGAUGGAAGCGCCCUUAAUGCGUGGGAAAAUGCCCAAGAUACUUCAAUCCGCGAGAGGAACACAGAAGAGACUCUGGAGAGAGAAAGUCAAGAGAAUCAUGUGUGAAUCGUCAGCUUAUGUGAGCUGUAGGGGAAAACUGGGGCCGGUGUACGUAGAACUACUUUACUUGCAAACAAUUUCGGACGUUUAAUUUUCGAAUACUUUUUAUCGCAUUUGGGACAAAUUUCGGACAAAAAGUUCGGACACUUUGCUGAAACAUAACAUAAGCAAAUUUACGGCUAGAAAAGGCGAAUCAUAAUGAAACGACAUCUGUGGAAAUGACAGUUUUACUGUACCCUCAAGGUUUUAGAGAUAUACCGACUGGAAAAUAACACAAAUUCUUACGUAUCUUAUGGAUAGCUGGCACAUUAGUGGCUGGAACUUUAGUCCGUGGAAAAACCCUAUGUUUACCUGCUAUAGGUGGAGACAAAAACAUAAACUUUUUGGAGUGACCUUCUACUCCAAAAAUGUCGGACGGUUUUAUCUUCGGACACUUAAAAUCGUCCGUGAUUUUUUGCUUGUAAUGUAAUCCAGUUGUAAACAGCCGCAUAACUUAAGUAACAAGCAAGUACUACUCUAUUUGUCUUUAUUUCAGUUACGCAGCAGUUGAUAACUCUGCAGAAACCAUGCCAUCAGUUUAAA